AAACGAGGAACAUAAACCCGCGGUAGCCUUUAUAUCGACUACAGCCAGACAGCCUACAGGUUUUCGUCGGUUGGCAAACAGAAAUCCCCAAUUUUGGACUUCGUCGGAAACAAACCCUAAAUUCGAAGUAGAAGUAACUCAAGCAACUAGCAAUGUCUUCUCUUGCAGCAGCUCGAGCUGAUAAUUUCUACUAUCCUCCGGAAUGGGAUCCAACUCAGGGUGGUCUCAACAAGUUUCAUGGCCAACAUGCCUUAAGAGAGCGGGCGAAAAAAAUAGAUCAAGGCAUCCUAAUCAUAAGGUUUGAAAUGCCUUUUAAUAUAUGGUGUGAAGGGUGUGAAUCUAUGAUAGCGAAGGGUGUGAGGUUCAAUGCAGAGAAAAAACAAGUUGGAAACUACUAUUCCACGAAGAUAUGGAACUUCACUAUGAAGUCGGCUUGCUGCAAGCAUGAAAUUGCAAUCCAAACUGAUCCUAAAAAUUGCGAGUAUGUGAUCGUCAAGGGUGCUCGACGAAAAAUUGAAGAGUAUGAUGCAGAGGAUGCAGAAACAUUGGAACUUCCUGCAGAUGAAGAAAGAGGUAAACUUGUGGACCCAUUUUACCGUCUUGAGCAUCAAGAGGAGGACUUGAAGAAGAAAAAAGAAGCUGAUCCAGUACUUGUACGUCUUCAGCGUGCAUCUGAUGCAAGGCAUGCUGAUGACUAUGCCAUCAAUAAAGCUCUUCGGGCUCGAUUGAGGAGCCAGAAGAAGAGAGUAGCUGAAGAAGAAAGUGUGUCUAGGAAAAAGGGUUUUGGUAUACGACUACUACCAGGAUCUGCAGAGGACGCUGCUGCUGCUUCCCGUGUAAAGUUUCCGAGAAAGUUUGAUGAAAAUAGGAAGCUUAAACGAGCAUUAAUAUCUACUUCCUCGAUAUUCUCUGGAUCAUCUGGAUCUUCCUCAAAUAAUAACAAACGUUUGGAGCUUGAGUCUAAACGUAGAAAGAUCAAAGCGGCUAAAGUUUCAAAUCUGCUGUCUGGAGGUUAUAAGCCAUCGUCAUGGACACAGAGUCGUGUUUCCUCCAGCAGGCACAUUGCCUGAGUGAUCAGGUUUAAUAGGGAAAUGAAUGGAGAAAUGCAGAGCAGGUUUAAUAGGGAAAUGAAUGGAGAAAUGCAGAGCAGGUCUAAUAGGGACAUUGAGUGAAGCAAUGCAUGCAGAUAAUACUUUUCAUGAAGUUUGCAGAGCCAAAUAUGGUUCUUGUGAUGUUCUUAAUAAUAUUGCCUCUAGAUGUAGCAAUUGGGUGGUAAAUACUGACAUCAGAUGGCAGAUGUGUAACAAGGGUUAUGUUCUCUACUUGUAAAUUUCGUAGGUCUUGGUAAGUUGUAAGAUUGUAAUAGUUGAAAAUUUACUGGGUUGUGGUACGAUAA